AUGUCCCCUGGAAAACAUAAUGAAGACAUCCUACGGGAUAAGACGGAUGAGACCGAGAUACUACCUGCAUACGCAUUGGAAGAUACAAGGGCCGGAUCAUCUACGCAAGUACAAUCAAGUGCAGCAGCAAGUCGUUCAGCGGCUGCAGUCCAAGGCCCGACGAUAACGUCGCCUUUUGACUUUCCUCCCGAGGCACCGGCCCCAUCAUAUUCAGAGUCGUCAGCCACGCCUAAAACAACAAUCAAUCGGCCCAUUGCCAUUCCUCAAGUAUCGGAUGACCCCACGGCACCAUUCCUGCAAGCAUAUGCGCACUCGUUACUGGCCCGAGGCAUACCGCCAGAUACGUGGGCCUCUUUUCUGGAUACGCUCUCGGCGUUUCUGGCCGCAAAGGUUACAGACCGGGCCAUUAGCCACGCCGCCGACAUUGCAAAGCAGUUUGGCAACGUCCCCAAGCGCUUUGGCAAGAACGUGGCAACCCACGCCAAAUCCAUUGGCAGAGGCAUCAGCGACAAGGCUAAAAAGGGCAACAUCGUGGGAGCAGCCUUUGGCAUUAUUGGCGGUGCUAUUACUCUGCCCAUAUCCACGGCCGUCAACGCCGUCGAGGCCAUUACUAGUCUGCCAAGUACGGCCGUUGUUGCUGUGACGCAGAAGCCGCAGACGCCCAGGGAGCGCGCCUUGGUGUACACGGCCGUGGCCAACAAGAAAUGGUUUGAGCCGCGGGGACUGUACGCCCGACUGAUGGAUACGCCGGAGCUGGCGCAGCUCCUCGGCUUGGCCAACAAUCACAUCCUCCAGGCAGCGCUGUCUGAAAAGAGUGCGGAUGCCGACACGCAGCUUGGGCCCUUGCGGACGCACAUUUCAGAUCUUACAAUAGAUAAUCCCACAAGAUUAAAGUUGGGCGAAAAGACACUUUGGUUAGUGAUACAGGAUUCAAACAAUCAAUAG